GGAUGCUUGAUGCAGCGCUAUCUAUCAAUCCGCGGGCUAAAGUAUUUAUCACAUGUGGUGAAAGUCCUUGAAAUUGAAAGGAUAAAUUUAUUCGAAGCGAAACAUUUCAAACAGUUCAUGUGAUAUCCGUGUGGGAGUGGGAAUCACUGUGCCGCUCUUGACCAUGCCUAACCAUACGUUGGAAAGUUCCCCCAACGCUGUCCUCAACAAGGCAGUGUUGUAUAAUUACAUGACUCUUCCUCUUCCUGAUGGCAAGGUACAAGCCACCUACAUCUGGAUCGAUGGUUCUGGAGAAGGAGUAAGAGGAAAAACGCGUACUUUGGAUUUCGUACCAUCAAAACCCGAAGAAUUGCCUAUCUGGAAUUUCGACGGUAGUUCAACAGGUCAGGCCGAAGGCCACAACUCUGAUGUAUAUCUCUACCCUGUGGCCAUUUUCAAGGAUCCUUUUUUGAGGGGAAACAACAGAUUGGUCCUUUGCGAGACCUACAAAUACAACAAAAAACCAUGCGAAACCAACAAGCGCCACACCUGCGUACAAGCCAUGGAAGCAGCGAAGGAUUCCAAGCCCUGGUUCGGAAUAGAGCAGGAAUACACUCUCCUAGACAUGGACAAAAGACCUUUGGGCUGGCCAAAGAAUGGGUUCCCAGGUCCUCAGGGACCCUACUACUGCGGUGUAGGAGCAGAUAAGGUCUACGCCCGAGAUAUAGUAGAGGCACACUAUAGAGCUUGUCUUUAUGCUGGUAUCAAUGUGUCUGGAACUAACGCUGAGGUCAUGCCUGCACAGUGGGAAUACCAAGUUGGACCAUGUGAGGGCAUUUCCAUUGGAGACGAACUCUGGAUGUCCAGGUAUAUUUUGCACCGAGUGGCUGAGGACUUUGGCGUCGUUGUCACCUUUGACCCCAAACCGAUGGAAGGUGACUGGAAUGGAGCAGGAUGUCACACCAACUAUUCCACGAAAGCUAUGAGAGAGGAAGGCGGAAUCUUGGAAAUCGAAAAAGCCAUCGACAAGUUGAGCAGAAACCACCUCAGACACAUCCAAGCCUACGAUCCAAAAGGAGGAAAGGACAACGAAAGACGUCUUACUGGCAGACACGAAACGUCUUCUAUUCACGAUUUCAGCGCCGGCGUUGCCAACCGUGGAGCCAGCAUACGUAUCCCACGUGGCUGCGCUGAAGACAAGAAGGGAUAUUUGGAAGACAGAAGACCAGCGUCUAACUGUGAUCCUUACGCUGUUGCUGAGGCCAUUGUUCGAACAACCAUUCUCAACGAAUAAGCAUUGAUAAAUAAUUGAACGUUAGGACCUAAAUUCAAAGCACAUUUACACAUUCAAUUAAUUAAUAUUUAGAUAUAUUUACAUGUUUUGAUAACUAAUUCAAAAACUGCCUUAGUUUCCGUGAAUUUAUAAGUGUUAGUUAUUAUAUGCACACGGUGGCUUUACACCUGAUAUUGUUGGCUGAACACAUAUAUUUUAUAUUCGAUUAUAUUGUUAUGAUAUUGAAUUUUUUUCUGAUCAUGUAUUUUGAUAACCAUGAGAGUAUCUCGUUUACAAAUGGUUUGAAAUAAUCUGAAUUAAUAUAUACAAUAAAGUUAUACAAACCUC